AUGAGUAUCAACUUCACAACCCUAAUCCCAAUUCUAAGAUACAUACCCAUAUACAUAACAAUAUCCCCACAUAUUGUGAAAGAAAAUCCAAUCCGACGCCGUUUUGGUCUGUAUCAAUACCCAAAACCUAGACCGAGCCCUAGCCAAAGAAGACAAUCGAUCAUGGAGGUGGAAGUGAAGCUUCGAUUACCAGACUCAAAUGCGCACCAAAAACUCCUCUCUGUCCUCUCACCAUUCCACACACAAACCCACCACCAACACAACACUUUCUUCGACGGCGCCGCAGCGGAGCUCUCCUCCCGACGUGCCGUCCUUCGUCUCCGAUUCUAUGAAAAUCCAGAUAAACCCCCUAGAUGCAUUGUUUCUCUCAAGGCAAAGGCCGUAAUUAUAGACGGAAUUAGCCGGGUUGAAGAGGAUGAGGAGGAAUUAGACUCAUCAAUUGGCCUUGAAUGCGUAGAAAAUCCGAAAAAGCUUUGUUAUGUGGAGGAGUCGAGGGUGCUGACGAGAGCAAAAGAGGAAUUUGGAAUUGGGGAAGAUGGGUUUGUGGGGUUGGGUGGAUUCAGGAACGUGAGGAAUGUGUUCGGGUGGAAUGGGGUGAAAUUGGAGGUAGAUGAGACAAUGUAUGAGUUUGGGACUUUCUAUGAGGUGGAAUGUGAGAGUACGGAGCCGGAGAAGGUGAAGGGGAUGAUUGAAGGGUUUUUGAAAGAGAAUGAAAUUCUGUACGAGUACUCUGAGAAGUCAAAGUUUGCAAUUUUUCGAGCUGGGAAGUUGACAUAGUAAGUGUAUGGUAAGGGGCUUUGUGAUUAUAUAUUUUGAUAUUUGUCUCGUGAUUGAUUAAUAUCUUCUAUUCUCGUGAUUGAUCAAUAGCUUCUAUCCAUUUGUUUGGUAUUCAAUAAAUUGUUUGUAAUUCUGUUCCAUUUUCUAGGUUUGGAAGGAGUUCUGAUAUGGUCUUUAAUGGUUUGUCCAUUCUUUGUUUAAGUUAGUUACAUUCAAAACUAUGAUGGGCUUUUUCGAUAUUGUAUUUCUUUGUUUAUGAUAAUAUUAAGCUGUGGGAAUAAUGCUUUUUCGAGCUGGCAAGUUUCAUGAGUAAAUGAUUUAUAAUUUAAUUUGUGAGCCCAUGUUUUCUUAUUUCUUCUUUGAGUUAUGGAUGUGAACUACUUGUUAGAAUGAAAUGAUGGGUAUUUUUUAUUCAUUUUUAUUGAUUUUGGCUUUUAGUUAGGUGUCAGAGUAAGUGAACUGUAAUGGGAUCUGUGUUCUUGCUAAUGUACGUUACUUUCUCAUUUGAACUGAAGAUUGAAACCAAGAUUUAAAGCCAUGGUAUUUGAUUGCCGUGAGGCCAUAUUUUGAUGCAGCUAUGGCUUCAUGUUGCGAUAUGCAACAAUACACUAGUUGUAGGCCUCAAGAUAACUUUCACAAGAAUCAAAUAAAAAUUCCAAAAAAACUGACAGCAAAAUGGAAUGUUCCAUAAGGACUAUAUAGCAUAUAGAAUAUAGUCUACAUAAUACGUCCUAAUAAACUUGAGGCCGUUCAUUCGAAUUUGAGGCACCACUUUGUGCAAAUUAUGCCAAAAAUCUGGUCUAUACUCGGUCUAUUCCUCCUAAACCCUCAUUUAUGUGUAAAGUGGAAUGUACUUUUUUAAUAGUCUAACUGAUGAACACACCCUAUUGGACUUGUCUGGUACAAUUUUGCACACUUCCUACCUUAAUUUGUUGAAUGCCAAGUAGUAAAGUUGAUGGUUCUUUACUACCUAUGAAUGUACAGAGGUAACUUGAAUCUUUUCGAAAAGUAAAUAAACGGGAGGUUUAGCUUAAAAAAGGUUUAAGAGGGGCAGGUCUAGAUAAAUGGUAGCAUGACGUAGAAGAGAAGCAGGCUAAAAUUUUGCAUCUACAAGGAAGAAAUCUGAUUCAUUUAAGCCUGCUAAUAGAUCUGCGAAGUUCUCUCUCUCUCUCUCUCUCUCCCCCCGAUCUCUUUUCAUUUGUUUUGGGUAUUACCAAACCUAGCCUAGCCUUC